UGGUGGUCCUCUUGAUGAUGAUAUGGAUCAGCACGCAGUACUUGGGCCACAUCAUGUUCGUGGCGAGGAUCCUUUGGGUCGUAGAUGGCUAUUUGCUCAUGUCACGCGCACGUCAUCCGCUGCUGGGUUAGGAUACUACCGAGAUGCUUUAGAUCGCUUGUGUGAUGAUCAGAUGACGUGGAUGCCGUACACUGAUGAGAUUCUAGGCCUGUUGCCUCCUGUUGCCCGAGAGCACACUCAGAUAUGGCGAGCACGUGUGCCUUUGAUAUGUUUUGAUGUAGUGGAGCAUUACUUUCCUGAUCGCGUACUACGCCAGUUUGGGUUGCAGCAGGUUACUCCCGGACCUUGUGAUACAUCUGUGGAUUUGCACAAGAUUGAUAGACGGGGGAAGCACACUGAAGAUUGGGGGAUGCGCCAUAUUCAGUAUAUCACUAUGUGGGAUGAUAGAGCGGCGUAUAUAGUGGACGGGAUCCCAUCUUUAGUCCCCACAGCUUCUGUAGACUACAUGACAUGGUAUUACACCAUCACACGAGUGUUUAUCUCUCCCAGUUUUCGUUUACCCACUGAUCAUUACCAGCCUAGCUCAGUCGCUCUUCAUAUGACGACACGGGCUUUGCGUAGCAUCCAUGACAGAGCGACUGCUAUACUUGAUGAGGCGGUAGAUGUACAGGGAUACCAUGAC